AUGGAGUCCGUCACCGAGUCGUCUGGGGAUGACGCUGCCUCGGCUCCAACCGCCACGAACAGGCAUCUGACCUUCCUGGACCUACCUCGCGAGACACAGAAGGAGAUCUUCAGCCAUUGCUCGCAAGGCGACCUUAUCUGUCUGUCCCUUGUCUCGAAGCACUUUAGAGAUCUCGCAGCCUCGCAUUUGUAUCGGAAUUUUCACAUUGUCUUCCCCGACGAAGACGAUAAGUCUUUCGAUUCGUCCAUAGACGGUUUGGCUGGCGGGCUAGACACUUUUGUCACAAGCGAAUAUGACUAUGCGAAACACCUGAGGGACCUAUCUCUUGAUACACUGAGCGCCGGGAAGAAGGCUGAGAAUGCCUACAAAGCAUAUCUGUACGAUGUCAGCUGCGGCAAGUUUAUGAACACUCUGCUGCUAUUGACAUUGCGCAAGGCAAAGUCUCUGGAAACAUUCAGGUGGAACAUCCGUGUCGAACUAAGUCGACAAGUCUACCGAGCGCUUCAUCAGAUCGACACCCUCAGCCAUGUCCACAUUCGCCUGCAAGCCGGUCCGUCAUUAUACGAGACCCCGCCGCCUCUUCCAUACACGUCGCCCAUCACAGCUCCUCCUACGUUGUCAAAUCACUUCACAGACGUGAUCGCGAUGCCGCCACCACCGCCAUCCCUCUCCUUCGCUACGCCGGUUGCACCUUCUAUUUUCUACGCCCCGCCUCCUACAUCAACGCCGGCGCCACCUCUCCCCAAACCUCCGUCGAGAAUGAGGUCUUCCAGGAGAACGCCGCUGUCAAAAGAGCCACCCACUCUAUCGGGUUUCAAGAAGCUCAAGUGCCUGUCCGUCCUGGACAUCGAUUCCCUGGACAGCAUUACGGAGAUCAAAUCUUGCGUGAGGAACUCUUCAGGAACCCUUACCAAAUUAAAGCUUUCUUUCUCAGAUUCGCUUGGCCUCCAAGCUCGGAAGCCGCCGCCGGACGAUGAUCCAGACGAUUCUGACCCAGAUGAUGACUUCCAAGUGAUACCCCCACUGCCGGGAAGCAAUCCGUAUGGUGAUGAUGUAAGCGGGCCGGCGAAGGCUUUCCGAGCUCAGGAGGAAAAGAAAAGCCAGGAACAAGUCCUUGGCCGAAUUUUUGAUGUGGAGCCGUACUUCGUAAAGAAGUCUGCGAAGCGGCCGAAGGAGAGUGAUGCCGAUAAAGUAACUACUGAGGAACAGACUGGCACCACGGGGUCGGAUUUCAUAAAUGCAAUCAGAGCUGUUUCAAACAAGCUAAUGAAGGACUUGAAUGGCUCAGGCAACUUCUCAGCAACGCAACAGGAAAUACUCGAUACCAUCGAGACAGCCGCAAGGAAAUACGUCACUUCUGAGGAGGCAAAGAGCAAAGAGACUCCGAAGUCGGAUUCGAACGGUGAAUCGAGUUCAAGUGCUGAACAGAGUCUGACUCCUGAACAAAAACCCGACGAGAAAGCGCCUGAAGCCACGACAAGCCUCUUUGAGCCAAAGGUGACAAAAACCAAGGAUGACGCGAAGGACACAUCCCCAGAAGAUAUCAACAUCGAGGAGCCGGAGGAACAACUCGUAAUCGACGGCCAAGAAGGUUCGAGCAAAGAUGUUCCCUCGGAGCCUGCCUCUAAUCAAGAAAGCUCCCCUGAGAACGUAGCUAGCACUGCUGCCACAGUGCCUGCUCCGUUACCGAAUCUGAAUUCGCUGUCGAACGUGGGUAAAGCGGCUGCUAGCCUCAUUGCCCAAAAAGAGAAUUUCAAGAUAUUGUCUGAGAGGCUCGAAUCUUUCGAAGCACAGGCCAAUAGGAUGGGCCAAGAAAUACAACGACUUCGCCUAGAUGAUGGCAGCGUCAAUAUUGACCUCCUUGCGGCUGCGGAACAACAAAUGCGUACAUUCAGCAAGAGCAUCGAGGAUAUCCAGAAGGAAAUGAAUUCUGUGGAGCGCGAGAUUGAUGAUGCGGAGAAGCAAAUCCCUUUCUUGUCGACCGCUGAUGACACAGAGGCACAAAACCGCCGUAUCAGCGAGUACGUGCGCUCUACUAGAGGCAUUGCCCUUCAAUCCCUCAGCAUUUAUCUCAUCCCAGUAAAGUACAACGUGCUUUCUCACGCUCUUGACUUGCGCGCUCUGCAACGAAUAACUCUGCUUAACGUCGGAUCACAAGUGCCUAUAUGGAACCUGCUGGCAAAGGAGAACAAGGCUCAGCCAUUGGCAUUGCGCAAGAUCUUUACUGACAAUGUCUCUACCGCCUUCCUGAACCUCGUGUCUCAACUUGAGGAGCUACACGAAUUCUUCAUCCUCGAGCGAGAGUCGAAAUAUACCCCUGAGAGCUUUGCUCCCAGGACUACUACCACCAUCGAUCAAAUCCGCCGUCUCGUACUUAAGAAGCACCUGCCCACGCUGAAGCGCCUGAUGAUCAAGAACCAAGCCGAUGAGACCUGGGAUGUGGACCAAAAGACCAUGUCCCUGAUCUGUAAGCGUGGAAGAGUCCUCGAGGAGCUUGCCGUUAGCACCGGUAUUCGAGCAAUUCAUACGAUCUUGCAAAACAUAUCGGACCUCGAGAACCUCCGCGCGCUGCAUAUCAUACAGCUGAGGAACGACGAUACCUGCGUUUGGGUCAUGCGCGAGACUCGGCGGUUUUUGGUUGACAAUCUGUCGCACUAUCCCAAGCUCAAGUUGGAGUGGGUCUCCAUCAACAACGGCGACAGGGCAGACCGCAUCGUGCGAUAUACAGACCUGCCGCAGAGCGAGACGAAGAAGUCCAAGAACAAGGGCAAGGAGAAGGCCCCGAUGCCUUCCACGAGCGGACCUUUCCCCGUGUUGCCACUUGACACUUGGGACGGCGCCAGCUCCAGCGAUGAGGAUGACGAGGACGGCCCCGGCUCUUUGAAACUGGACACGAUUGAGGACAUCCACUUCUACGACGUCUGGGGCGUUCGCAUCUUCAAGAAGGAGAUCGUCUCAGGACGCCUGUGA